AUGGCAACCCAGUCAUUUCCAUUGGCUGUCAAAUUGAAGGAGUUCACCAAAUGCUACCAUGGGCUAGGCUCGGAGUUUCUGCCACGGGACGCGUUGCAGAACCUCGUUAAUGAAGAGAACGUUAGAUCCAUGCUGGGAAUCCAAGACGGAACUUGGUCCAGGGCAUGUCAAACGCAAAACCACCUAACAGAGCUAAGUCUUGUCAGACUCAUAACAGAGGAAGCCAGGGCAAUCUUCGCCAUCCUCGUCAUCCUCAAGCAGUCCGUACUCACAGAGAAUCUCUUGAUAGAAGAAGGAUUGCGAGAUGAACACUUGCCACUGUCAAUCGAUCAUGAAUAUUCCUAUUGUACCUCUUACGACGGGCAAAGAAAAAUACCGUUCGUAAAUUGUCCACAAGAGGAUUUGGUGGAGUUCGUGAAUCAUAAGCAAUGGUUUUUCCUCGCACCAGUUCUCAAGGCCAACGGAGAGACUAUUAAGCUUCAUGAGAAGUGUCCCUUGCCAUUCAUUGAUGAUAAUGAUGAGGACCCCUCCAGGGGCGGUGGUGGUUUGGUGUACAGGGCACGAGUACAUCCAGCGCAUCAGGAAGGAUUUGAGGUGGAGACGACUGAACUCAGAGUUGCUGUCAAGGAGUUCCACAGAAAAGAGUUGUUUCAACAAGAGAAUAAGAUCCUCCAGCAAAUCAAAGACUUGAGGCAUGCUCACGUCAUCCGUCAUCUGAUGAGUAUUGAAAGUGGGGAGAGAAAGGCAUACAGCAUAUUCCCAUGGACUGACGGCGGGACCUUGCAGGACUUUUGGCGAACGCCAAUGAAGGAGCUUACUCAGGAGCAUGUGCUGUGGGCAUUGCAACAGAUGCAUGGUCUCGUCUCUGCACUCCAGGCCCUCCACGCAGUCUUCAAAUGUCGGCAUGGGGACCUUAAGCCACAAAACAUUCUCUGCUUCGGUAAAGACGACAAGAUUACCUUCAAGAUAGCAGAUUUCGGCAUUUCGAAAAUUCACGAUAUGCCCACAAUGUACCGAAAGGUGGCCACAACGAAUCUUGCAUUCACAGCUUCUUAUCAGGGCCCAGAGAUAGAAUUUGAAAGAGCAGCCCCCAAUGACCAGCAACCAAGAUCCAGGAAGUAUGACAUCUGGUCACUAGGGUGUGUCUUUCUGGAGUUCUCCGUCUGGUUGCUACAUGGCCCAGAAGCCAUGGCAGAGUUUGACAUUGCACGAGAAACAAGUGGCUCAUCGCUAUAUGAAGUCACGGACAGAGAGCAGAAGCAGGCCAGAGUCCACCACUUGGCUAAUGGGACGGUCGAUGCCCUCUUGAAUGAUCCAAGGUGCACUGGAAGGACUGGACUAGCAGAGCUACUGAACAUCAUUGCAGACCGCAUGCUCAAAACAGACGUCAGUGAGCGAGCCUCGGCCGAUGAGAUUGUCAAUGCGAUCUCCGACAUGAUCAACAGGUACCAGCGAGGAGUGUUGUCGUUAUUCAACCCUCAUCCUGCAUCAGACAUACCGCAACUUCCAUUCGACAGAACCAGGCGGAAUUGA